AUGAAACUAUCAGACUACUCCGUGGUGGAACAAUUAAGAAAAACUCCAGCCCAAAUCUCUUUGUUGUCUUUGCUAAUACAUUCUGAUGAACAUCGUAAGGCUGUAAUGAAAAUAUUGAAUGAAGCACAUGUUCCUAGUAAAGUUACAGUGAGUCAGUUAGAGAAGAUUGCUGGCAGAAUAUUUGAGGUAAACCGCAUCACCUUUUCAGAUGAUGAACUACCCAAAGAAGGAUCUGGAGCAAAUAUUUGCCCUUUAUCAACUCUACAGAAAUUGAAUGUUAGUGCUGAAAGGGUCCGACCCACCAAUGUAUGUGUUAGAGCUUUUGAUGGGUCAAAAACAGAUGUCAUUGGUGAGAUAGAGCUCAUACCAACCAUAGGGCCUGUGGAUUUCGCUGUGAAUUUUCAAGUGCUGGAUAUCAACUCGUGCUACAAUCUAUUGUUGGGGAGGCCAUGGGUGCAUAGGGCUGGAGCAGUCCCCUCAACGUUGCAUCAAAUGAUUAAGUUUGAAUACGACCGACAAGAGGUGAUUGUUCAUGGUGAGGGGGAUUUGUCAAUCUACAAAGACUCUUCCUCUCAUUUUAUCAAGGUGGAUAAUGAGAAUGAGGCACUGGUUUAUCAAGAUUUUGAGGUAGUGGUUAUUGAGCAUGUCUCCGAGGGGAGUGUCAUUUCAAAACCAAAUUUGCCCAUCGCGUCUGUAAUGGUGGUGAAUGAAUUGCUGAAACAUGGGUUUGAGCCGGGUAAAGGCUUAGGAAUCUGCUUGCAAGGGAGAUCUUAUCCUGUGAGUCUACGAAAGAGCAUCGGUUCUUUUGGCUUAGGCUACCAACCUAGAGUCGAGGACAAAAUGAAGGCAAAGAAGCAGAAGAGAGAUGUAUGGUCACUUACCAAGCCUAUACAACCAAUCUACAAAUCUUUCAUCAAAGCCCGCGCAACAGAAUCUUAUCAAUCAUCUUUUCCAGAGCCAGUGAUGAAAGUUAGCGAAGAAAUGAUCAACUAUUUUCAAGAUUUAUUUGUCGAGGUUGAUAUGGUGGAAAUCGGAGAAGGCACUAGCGACAGAGAUGUGCAAUUGAUUGGUCCUGAUGUCAAUCUAAACAAUUGGGAGGCCACCCCUCUCCCCGUUAAAGAUGAGUCUUGUUCUUUCUAUGCCGAUUCUAGUGAUAUGACAUGCAUGCAGAAUUUUUCGCCAGAUCUUAAUAUCCAAUCUAAUCUUCGACCUAAUAUUGAAAUAAUAAGUCAAGAAAUCGAACAUGAUGAAGACAGAGUAUUUGAAGAAGUAAGGAGGGAUUUCAAUCAUUUUGAAAAUAAGUCAAAUCCAAACAUGAGUGAAACUGAGACGAUAAAUUUGGGGGAUCAGGAAAUUAUUAAGGAGACUAAGAUAAGUGUACAUUUACAUCAAAAGAACGAUAUAAUCCAGGCCCUGUUUGAUUACAAAGAUAUUUUUGCGUCAUCUUAUGAUGACAUGCCUGGAUUAAGCACUGACAUGGUUGUUCACAAGUUGCCAAUUGAUUCUAAUUUUCCUCCGAUAAAGCAGAAGUUGAGAAAACUCAAAACCGACAUGAGUGUAAUAAUUAAAGAGGAGAUAACAAAACAACUUGAGGCCAAAGUCAUUCAAGUCUCUCAAUAUCCUUCUUGGUUAGCCAAUAUCGUACGCGUCCCUAAGAAAGACGGCAAAGUUCGAAUGUGUGUUGAUUAUCGUGAUUUGAAUAAGGCAAGUCGAAAAGAUGAUUUUCCUUUGCCUAACAUCCAUAUUUUAUUGGAUAAUUGUGCUAAACAUGAGGUUGCAUCUUUUCUGGAUUGUUAUGUGGGCUACCAUCAGAUUAUUAUGGAUGAUGAAGAUGCAGAAAAAACAUCUAUUAUCACUCCAUGGGGUCCAUAUUGUUAUCGUGUUAUGCCUUUUGGAUUAAAAAAUGCAGGGGCAACUUAUAUGAGAGCAAUGACAACCACGUUUCACGAUAUGUCAAAUCAUGUGAAAGACUUAAGGAGAUUCUUCGAAAGGCUCCGCAUGUAUAAUCUCAAGCUUAAUCCUGCAAAAUGUGUAUUUGGAGUACCAUUGGGGAAGCUUUUGGGGUUUAUAGUCAGUCGAAGAGGUAUCGAGUUGGAUCCUUCAAAAAUAAAAGCAAUUCAAGAAUUGCCACCUCCAAAGAACAAAACUGAGGUUAUGAUCCUUCUAGGAAGGUUAAACUACAUCAGCAGAUUCAUUGCUCAACUCACAACAACUUGUGAGCCUAUCUUUAAGUUGUUGAAAAAGAAUGCCACAGUCGAGUGGACCGAAGAAUGUCGAGAAGCUUUUGAAAGAAUUAAGAACUACCUAUCGAAUCCCCCUGUGUUAGUUCCUCCCGAGCCAGGACGACCUUUGAUAUUGUAUAUGUCAGUACUGGAUAAUUCUUUUGGUUGUGUACUGGGUCAGCAUGAUGACACUGGGAAGAAAGAGCAGGCCAUUUAUUACCUCAGCAAGAAGUUUACUGUUUACGAAGUGAAGUACACCCUUCUUGAAAGAACGUGUUGUGCCCUAACUUGGUGUCUAACUUUCUUCUUGUGUAAACGUGUAGAAAAUGAACACAAGGAGAAAGCAGGCGGAAGAGUUGAAGUAGCAUUUGUUGGAGGCGACCAAGCUCCUCCUCAAGCCCCAACUUCUGGAAUGCAAGUGCCUGGCAACCCAGCUGCGUUGACGGAUGGAGAAGUAAGAGAAUCACUAGUUUAUAUGGCCCAAGCCAUCACUACUCAGGCACAAGCUAUCACAGCCCAGGCUACUAGAGAGGUUUACAAGAUUCUCUGUGCCAUGGGGGUGAAUGAAAAGGAGAAGGCUGAGUUGGCUGCAUAUCAACUCAAAGAUGUGUCUCAAAUGUGGUACAAAAUGUGGGCAGAUGACCGAGCACCAGAAGCAGUCCCCAUCACUUGGGACAUUCUCACGACAUUCCUAGAGAGGUUCUUUCCCAUAGAGCAGAGAGAGGCUAAGGUUGAGGAGUUCAUCAACCUACGGCAAGAAGGUUUAUGUUACAUGCACAACAUGUUGAGGAGAGUCUUCGGAGAAAGAGAGGCCGAGAGAGCAAGAAAUCUAGGUCCUCGGAUCAGUCCGGUUCGAGCAAUGCUAAUAAUUCGUUUUGAUAGCCCCAAGUUCAAGAAGGGGCACAAGCACUCAGGUAAUCCUACUCCCUCUAAUAACACUUAUGCCGAUGGGGACAAGUCUGAAUCCAAGAAGGGCAAUGAUAGAAAUGCCCAGCGUGAUAGAGAGCCUUGUGGCAAGUGUGGUCGUUUGCAUGGAGGUGAGUGA